AACAGAAAAAAAAACAACAAAUAGGAAUACAAAGAAGCUUCAACCGAAUUUGUUUAAUCCGUGUAGCACAUGCGCCAAACCUGUUAAUUAAAUUUUUUUUUGAAGUACGUUGCUCGUUCGCGACCUUUUCACUCUGCGCAUUUGUUUGUACACCCAACUUGGCUAUGCGUUCCCGGGGGGUUGACAAAUUGAAAAAUCGCGGAGAAUAAAAAAAAAAAAAAUAAUAAAAUAAAAAAAGUAGUACAAAUAAGGGAAAUAAAAAUAAAACAAUACUGCCCUCCCUAAACGCCGCCUUUAAACACCCCCUUUAAACGCCGCCUUUUUUCAUGUGCACAUAUUUCACACCUCAAUGAAGAGAAAGCAAAUUUGUCCCCCAUAAAACGGUCCACAUAUAUAAGCCAACACAACGGGGAGGCACUAACGUGCAGGACAACGCCAGUGCCUUCUCUGCGUAAAAACAUCACACGGUGUACCCCGCACAGUAUACGCCGCACGGUAUACGCCACACAGCAUACGCCGCGCUGUAUCCCCCCCCGCUCCGCAAAAUGCUACGCAACAACGUUUGGGUUCCCAUCGAGUCCAACCCGGAGGCCCUCUACCUGUACUCCUGCAAACUUGGGCAGACAAAGUUGGCGUUUCAGGACAUCUACGGGUUUGACGCGGAGCUAUUAGAUAUGAUCCCGCAACCUGUGCAUGCAAUAAUACUGUUGUACCCCCUGAAAGAAGGCAUGGUCACCCCCAAUGCUGCAACCGAUGGAAGUGCUGAACAAAACAUUGACAAUAUUUGGUUCAUAAAACAGGUUGUUCCGAAUUCUUGCGGAACGGUGGCCCUUUUCCACCUCUACGGAAAUUUAAAGAAUAAAUUCGAGCUGGACAAGGACUCCCUCUUGGCCAAUUUUUUCGACAAGGUGAAGGACAUGUCGCCCGAGAAACGAGGCCAGGAAUUCGAAGUGAACAAGAGCAUCGAACUGCUUCAUCACGAAUUUUCCGGAAAGUCCUCCGGCACGGGGGAUGACAUAGACGUUGACACCCACUUCAUCGUCUUUCUCGAAAUUGACGGGAGGCUCGUCGAGCUGGACGGAAGGAAGGACCAUCCCGUUAUUCACUGCCCGACAACUCCGGCCAGUUUCAAAUACGACACGGGAAGUGUAAUACAAAAAAAGUUCAUAGAAAAGUGCGAAGAUGACAACAGAUUUUCAGCCCUAGCAGUUGUAUCAAGUGACGUUGUGUAGAGGAACUGUCCACCCUAAUGCGUGUGCAGUUAAAGAUCACCCUGUUAUUCCUCUCACCAAUUAACCUCUCCUUUCUUAUGUGAAUACCUGUUUGUUAAAUCUUUGCACGAUUGCCAACCGGUGUGUAUGCAUGUGCAUGCGCGUAAGUAGCGGGAAAGUUACGUUUCUCAUUUAUAAAGCGGCUCCUGUGCCUUUUUUUUUUCCUUUUUUUUUGCCCCUCGGAGGGUAUACGCGCAGGAGGGGGUACUCUCUUCCUCAUUUUAGGGAAUCCCGCGAAUGUUGCAAAAUUUGUACAGUUUGUGCAUUUUUUUACACAAUUUCCCAAUUUUUUUUUUUUUUUUUCAACCAGCGCGUGGGUGUACCUCGCUCGUUCUCUUCGCUUCACCACAUGGUGCGCCGUAAUUAACACUUUCGCAUCUUCGCAUC